AUGCGCCGCGGUUCCGCGCAUGCUCAGAGGCGGAGGCCGGCGAGGUCCUGGGAGAGUAGAGGAGGCCCGCCUGCCCCGCCCCCGCCCUGCGUGCAGAGCUUCCCUUCCGCGCGGCCAAGGCCAGCUUCCCUUUCCGGGAGCUCAAGCCUCGGCCGCCGGUGUCUCUUUCUUCUCCGCGGCUUGUGCAGCUCUCCCGUGGCGAGUAUGGCACCUAGGAGACGCGGGGCCGGCCUGCGGCUCUGCGCCACUGUUUUUUUACUUGAUAUGGCUUUCUGUAAAGGAUUUGUGGAAGAUUUAGAUGAAUCGUUUAAAGACAAUCGAAAAGAUGACAUCUGGCUUGUAGAUUUUUAUGCACCGUGGUGUGGCCAUUGUAAAAAACUGGAACCGAUUUGGAAUGAAGUUGGUCUUGAGAUGAAAAGCAUUGGUUCUCCAGUUAAAGUUGGGAAGAUGGAUGCUACUUCCUAUUCUAGCAUUGCUUCAGAGUUUGGAGUUCGAGGUUAUCCAACAAUUAAGCUAUUAAAAGGGGACUUGGCAUAUAAUUAUAGAGGACCACGAACUAAAGAUGAUAUUAUUGAGUUUGCUCACAGAGUAUCUGGGGCUCUAAUUCGGCCACUUCCAAGUCAGCAGAUGUUUGAACAUGUGCAAAAGAGACAUCGUGUGUUUUUUGUUUAUAUAGGUGGAGAGUCACCUUUGAAGGAGAAAUACAUAGAUGCUGCUUCAGAAUUAAUUGUGUAUACAUACUUCUUUUCUGCCUCAGAAGACGUGGUUCCUGAGUAUGUGAUACUGAAGGAGAUGCCUGCUGUACUUGUUUUCAAAGAUGAAACUUACUUUGUUUACGAUGAGUACGAGGAUGGUGAUCUGUCAUCUUGGAUCAACAGGGAGAGGUUUCAGAACUAUCUUACCGUGGAUGGCUUCCUCUUGUAUGAACUUGGAGACACAGGAAAGCUUGUGGCGAUUGCAGUUAUUGAUGAGAAAAAUACAUCAAAUGAACACACCAGAUUAAAGUCAAUUAUUCAGGAAGUUGCUAGAGAUUACAGAGACCAGUUCCACAGAGAUUUUCAGUUUGGCCAUAUGGAUGGAAAUGACUAUAUAAAUACUUUGCUAAUGGAUGAACUGAAAGUCCCGACUGUGGUUGUACUGAAUACUUCAAACCAACAAUACUUCUUACUGGACAGACAGAUCGGCAGUGCCGAGGACAUGGCACAUUUCAUUCGUGACAUCUUAGAUGGCACAGUCCCGGCCCAAGGAGGUGAUAGCAUUUUGCAGAGAUUGAAAAGAAUAAUAUUUGAUGCCAAAUCGACUAUUGUGUCUAUAUUCAAGAGCUCACCCCUCAUGGGCUGCUUUCUCUUUGGCCUUCCACUGGGUGUCAUCAGCAUCAUGUGCUACGGCAUCUACACGGCGGACACUGAUGGAGGGUACAUAGAAGAACGAUACGAGGUGUCCAGAAGUGAAAUCGAGAGCCAGGAACCAGUAGAAGAAAGCAAAGAACAGGAGCCAAGCGAUGGAGCCACCCUCGGACCUAGGGUGCAAGAACCCAAAGACGUAUUAGAGAAGAAGAAAGAUUGAAUCUUGGCUAGUGUGGAAUAUUUGAUAGGAUUUCAAAUUAUCAAAGAGUCUAUUUAUUGAACUUAGACAUUUAAUCAUGAUCUUUACAAAAGAGAAUAUGUUAUUUGUAUUUUGCUAAUAUCAAACUGCAUGGAGUAAAGUAGUCCUUCAUAAAUGGGGAGACAUUUGGAGCAAACACAGGAAAUGUUUAUCUAAAACAAAAAAAUGAGGAAGCACUCCAUCAGAAUUUACCAUAUAGAUGUCGUUUUAGCAGAGUAGUUCUUUUGCAUGUUUCUCUAUCUGAGCAUUCUGUGACAAAUUAAGAUUCUUGGGCAGAAUAUUUAAAUUGGUCAGUCAGGUAGAAGACACAUGUUCGAUAAAGAAAAACAAUACUUUCACCUCCUACCAUUCAUUCUCCUCAUGUAUUUUAGAUGAGAUUUACACGGGCAAAAUUAAGUCUUUAAAAUUUAGCACUUUAAGGAGAACUAACACCUUUUUCCAUGGAUCAAAUUCAGAUUACAACUUAAAAAUAAUUUGGUUUUAUAUAGCAUAGCAAUUUUAUUUUGUUAGUUAUUUUUAACGGAGAAGAAAUGUUACUUUUUAACUUUCUACUCAGUUACAUUAUAAAAUUUUCAUAUGGGUCUGUAUAGUGGGAAAAAACAGUCUUAUGUUUAAUCUUUGCAAAUUAAACACGAUUUACCUGGAGUAGGGAUUUCAAACCACGUGCUGGGACAUGCUUAGCAGGUGUCUCAGUGAUCACUGCAGAAAGGGGAGAGUCUGUUACUCCUACCCUUCUUUAGCCAGAAUGACCUACUUUUUUUUCUCUUUCUUGUUUUGUAUAUUGGAAUUUCUUCUGAAAAUUUCCUUUGAUAAAAAGCUCCUGCUGCUUUUUAAAAAGUAAUAUAGAUCUUAUUUUUUAUGUUUAUGGUAUGGUAACUUUAUGGUAACUUAAAAUAUGUGUGUAUCGUUGUGUGUAUAUAGAUAUAGAUAUAUAUAUAUAUAUAUCUAUAUCUAUAUACACACACAACAUGCACAUAUAUUUACAUAUAUAUAUAUAAAAUUUAUUGACAUAUGUAAUAUUAUGGGCAUGUCUAUGUUCAUAAUGAGUAAUGAGUGACAUAAUCAGCCUGUCAGCAAAAUCUGUAUCCAGUGAUCAACAGCCAAGUGUUACCCUCUCCAUCCUCUCAAUUCUGACACCCCUUUCACCUUCUGUCUAUAAUGGCGUAACAGAGGAAUUCUGUCCCAACUCGUGUAUACAGAUUGGAAUUGUUGCAAGUAACACUGUGGUAUAUUUAUUGUAGAUUAUUUUUGAGCCCUUCAUUUUAGCUAACUUUAGAUUUUUAUGAGAUGACCAUUGGGUGACCAUUCAUUGAGCAAUUGAGUUAAACACUGAAAAAUGUGUAAUCAUUUUAAAAAUACGCAACUCAUGGUCCUGACAUUGAAGUUGUUUAGGGCUUUGGUCCCCAAGGCAGCAGCUGUUGACGAUUUCUGAUACUAAGCUGCUCAAGACUAAAACAAAACUCGAGUAUCUAAGUCCUAAGAAGUUGCUAGCAAUUGUUUUAUUGUAUCCAUAUGCUCUUUUACAUACGGUGAUUAAAUGCUUAUUUUUACUGUUUGGCACUCUAUUAUUUUUAAUAGUGAAGCACAUAGGAAAUUUCAGGAAAUACUGGAAAGAAAUGUUCUCAAGUGGAAACUGGAGAUGAAUGCUUUUAAUUAAACAAAUAGGUUCCUCUCCAAAGAGUAGUGAGGGAUUCUUUUGGAGGAACAAUCUUAAUGUUCCCAGUGGUCAAGCUUGCUUUGCAGCAGUGAAAAAAAGCUUAGGUGGGUACAGUGCCUCACUCGAGUCUAGUCUAGUAAGGAAGGUAAAGCUUAGCCUCCGCCAGUGACAGUAGGAAAUGAUAGGAAAUGACUCCGUUUUCUUGUCAGUCAUCUGCACAUUUCUUAGCCUUUGUCAGGCAUCACUUAUAAAUGAAAGACCUCAGUAGGGGGAAAAUAGAUUAAAUGCUCAAUAUAUAUCAACAUACAAAAAGUUUGGCAGUCUUUGUAUUGGGAUUUUUUUUUUUUUUUAUCUGUAAAUUAAUGCCUUAGUUCUCUGUUUCCUUUUUCACAGCUCUCUCCCAUUGGCUCACAUUCUAUUUGUGUUUUUUCAAAGUGUGACUGUUAGGAAAACAAAAUGGUUAGAUAGUUUAUAAGUAAAUAAUUUUCUUUUCUGUUUGUAUUAAGAUUUUGCUUUUUAUUUGUCGACUUUAGGAUAUUAUCAAAGUUCUUACAAAAAAAAUUAAAAAUUUUGUUCACUAGUAUGCUUUUAAUAUGGUCUCAUUUAAUGUGGUAUCAGCACUUGGAAUGCUGCUUUCAUUUCAGGAGAAAUUACUGCAAAAUAUAGUUAAUAUCUUAAUGAAUUUAGUAUUAGGACAUACAUGUCCUAAUUCAUUGGUGAAUCUUACCAUGAUUGCAUAUUAAGUUGGAGUUUCACGUUUUCUUUCAGUUGCCAUAAAAUUCUAUUUUUUAAUCCUAAAAUUCAAAAUUCUAGAUGCUUGUUGUUGUGGGAUCUGUUGCUCAAUUUUUUUAGCAGAGAAAGUACAUGUUUUUAUCAAGCCGUGCACCCCCUUAUAGCUUGCAACCCUUUUUGUUUUGUUUCAUCAUACACAGUAAUAUUUCCCUAGCUAUAUUAUCUGAAACUUGUUUGAGGUGUAUUAGGCCUGAAUUUUUAUUUUCUUCCUCGAACCUAGUGGUCUCCUGGUAUCUGACUUACAAACAGCAUUAAGAGCCAAAUAUCUGGAGGCUGAAGGAAGGACCUAUGUGAGUAAACAGCUGUAUUAUUAUUAUUAUUAUUAUUAUUAUUUUAGUGGAUUUUUGUUGUUGAUGUUUCUUGUGUUUUGCUUCAGGGGCUUGUUUGGUUUUGGUUUUCUAAAAAGUAAUUUACAUAUUUCGAUCAUUGCUUCAUAUGCUAUGGAGAUAGAAAAGGAAAAAAAACUAAGCUCUUUUUAUUAUGCACACGUUGUUCAAAUAAACCAGUGUGGGAUGUUAAGACUAUCAAUUAAUGGUGGGAUUAUGUUUGCCAUUUUAUUUUUAUAAAUAUAUAUUUUUUCUGAAUGUGUCUGAGUCCAAGAGUGGGCAAAAAAUAAUUUUCUACUUUGGACUAAAUCUAUAAAGGUUUUUGAAAGUCUGUAUUACUAACUUGUUGAAUUCAUGAUAUCUUGCCUUAUGGCACCAAUUGUAAACCUGUUUUUUUCUAAAAUAAAUUAAUUGAAAACACG